UGGGGUUGGCACGGCUGCGUGUGCUUCCGGCCGAGGCCGGGAGGCUGCUGCGUCCACUGCGCGCUCCGUAGUCCAGCCUCCGCCGGGAGGAUGUUUUACCACAUCUCCCUGGAGCACGAGAUCCUGCUGCAUCCGCGGUACUUCGGCCCUAACUUGCUCAACACGGUGAAGCAAAAGCUAUUCACCGAAGUGGAGGGGACGUGCACCGGGAAAUCCUGUCUGGUUGGACUUUUCACUGAAAUUGGGCCCAUGUCUUGCUUUAUCUCCCGUCAUUCCAUCCCAUCAGAGAUGGAGUUUGAUCCCAACUCCAACCCACCUUGUUACAAGACAACGGAUGAGGACAUUGUGAUUCAGCAGGAUGAUGAGAUUCGCUUGAAAAUUGUAGGAACCCGUGUGGACAAGAAUGACAUUUUUGCUAUUGGCUCCCUGAUGGAUGAUUAUUUGGGGCUUGUGAGCUGAGCAUGCACUGCUAUGACUUUUUUGGUCCUGACUGGGGAAGUGUGACCUGCAUACUUGCUCCUUGGUCCAGAGGCUGAUUCUGGCUGUUGGCAGGAAAACAAAGAAAGUUCCUUGACUCCAGGAGACAUCUGGCACUUGCCGCUCACUAUGUGUUCUAAUUAUUAAAGGUCCUUGUUUCUGAAGGAAA